GUUGGCCCAUAGACAGCUAGCUCUUCAGAUAUGGUAUAAGGUCAUGGACACGUCGAGUCCGGGGGCAGGACCAAGUCGCUCGGGUUCAACCCUGAGCUCGGUUAGAUCACGUAGUCCCGAAUCCAAGAGCUCUCGCAGCUCCUCGCGCAAAGGCAAGGAGAGAGACUCUUCCUCGUCCGAUUCCGAGUCAGGAUCCGAGUCCGAGUCUGAGUCUGACGAUGAGCCAACUCUCAAGUAUAGCCGACUCAAAGGCAAGGUACCGGAGAUCCUGGCUCGAGAUCAGGCAUCCGCCAUUGCCAUCGGCAGACGAAUCAUCGCUAUCGGAACUGAAAAUGGCAUGGUCCAAGUGUUGACACAUGAAGGAUCCAAAGUCAAAUCUUAUCGACCUCACGCAGCUCGGAUCACCUGCUUAAGGAUAGACGAAGAAGACGAGUUCAUAGCUACCUCGAGCUUUGAAGGCCGAGUCAUGAUACACUCUUUGACCACCCCAGAGGUCUUUGCAUUCGACUACAAGCGACCUAUGAAUACAAUAUCUCUUGAGCCGGGGUUCGCGAAGAAAGCUUCGAGGACGUUUGUCUGUGGAGGUCUCGGUGGCAGCUUGAUCCAUCAGGAGAAGGGAUGGAUGGGAUGGAAAGAACAAGUGUUGCAUUCGGGCGAAGGACCCAUCUGGGCCAGCGAAUGGCAAGGGGAUCUCAUAGCAUGGGCAAAUGAUCUGGGCGUCAAAAUAUACGACACAUCUACAUCCCAACGUAUCGGAUUCAUUGACCGCGGGGCCGAUCCACCCCGUGCCGAGCUUUUCAAAUGUUCUCUGUUGUGGAAAGAUGACCAUACACUCAUCAUCGGCUGGGCAGACUAUAUCAAGAUCGUCCGUAUACGUUCGCGUCCGCGAGCUCAAACGUCAACUGGACUCCCCGCAUUGACAGUCGAGUUGACGGCAAUCUUCCAAGUGGAUUGCAUGAUAUCCGGUAUCUCCCCGUUCGGUUCUUCUUACAUUGUCCUGGCGUACAUCGCUCCGGACACGUAUGACAAUGAAGCGACCGAUGAUCCGAUGGAGCAACGUCGAAAAGCUGCCAAUCGACCAGAAUUACGGGUCAUUACCGCACAGGGUGAAGAAUCUACUGCCGACGCAUUGAGUCUCGCCAAUUUUCACCUCUACGGAUGCAGCAAUUACAGUCUGGUCAAAUCUUCCCAGAUCUGGUACGUCCUUACUCCUGCCGACAUCAUCAUCGUUCAACCUCGGGACGAAUCGGAUCACAUCCAAUGGUUAGUCGAGCGCGAGCGGUUCGAAGAGGCUUUGGAGGCUGCGGAGAAGAUGUCCGUCACUGGAGCUCUGGAUGCAAAGGCAAUCGGUCUUCAGUACAUGCAUCAUCUUUCGGGUAAAGGCGACUACGCCCGAGCUGCGGCGCUGGCUUCUCGAGUCUUGGAGGACAAUGUGGGUGCGUGGGAGACAUGGGUAGAUAUAUACACCGAGAGAGGACAGCUUGCAGUCAUAACACCAUACCUGCCGACUCGCGCACCGCGGCUUGAGGUCAAGACAUACGACGCAGUGCUCAAUACACUGCUGUCCAACGACCGACCAGCCUUCCUCUCCACUAUCAAAUCCUGGCCUGGCAGCAUCUAUACAUCGAUUUCGUUUCAGAAGCUUGUCAAGGGGGAGGUUCAAGCCGAUCCUGAUCCUGUUCUCAUCGAGAGUUUGGCCGAACUGUACAUUCACGAUGCACAACCUGCCAAAGCUUUACCAUAUCUUCUUCGCCUGGGGAGGCCAGAGGUCUUCGAUCUGAUCAAAGAGCACAAUCUGUUCGCCUCGAUUCAAGAUCAAGCAUUGUCAUUGGUCGAGUUCGACCAGAGCGAGAACAAGCAUGCCGCAGUAGAAAUGCUCGUCGAUCACGUCCAUUCGAUUCCAGUCGAGCGAGUUGUCCGGCAGCUAGAACCCAAACCUGAAUAUCUCUAUCUCUACCUCGACGCCCUGUUCCAGCGGGACCAGUCUCUGGCAUUUCCCUACAGCGAUCAAAUGGUCGAUCUCUAUGCGGCUCAUGGACCUGAGCGCCUCAUGCUGCUCCUUCGUGGCAGCAAUUUCUACGACCUCGAGAGGGCGUACAAAAUCUGCAAGACACACGAUCUUGUUCCUGAAAUGGUCUUUCUCCUCGGUCGCAUGGGCAACAACAAGGAAGCGCUCAUGCUCAUUAUUCAGCGGAUGGGAGAUGUUCAAAAGGCUAUCGAAUUCGCCAAGGAACAAGCCGACGAAGAUCUAUGGGAGGACUUACUCAACUAUUCGGAGACUCGACCUGACUUUAUCCGUGCUCUGCUAGAACAUGUCGGCGCAGAGAUCAAUCCGAUCCGCCUGAUUCGCCGAAUCAAGGAUGGCAUGGGAAUCCCGGGCCUGAAACCUGCUCUGGUGAAGAUUCUCCAAGCCUCUAAUCUCCAAGUCUCACUCAUGGAAGGCUGUCACAAGAUUCUCAAUGGAGACUGUGCUGACUUGGCCGAGGAGCUGCAGGCGGCGCAGACCGGCGGAGCUAGGGCCUCUCCGUCCGAGAAGUGUGCAGUGUGUGGGCUCGGCGCGUUUACGCAACCCGUGACUUUGGCGUACCUGUGUCGACACUUUGUCCACGGCACGUGUGCACUACUAAAUCCUGAUCUUGAAUUGCCGCUGCGCACCGAGCACCCUGCGGUUAAUCAACUCUUGGCCAACGAGAAGCGGGGUGCCAAGGUACGAAGGCGUGAAGUGGGUCAAAAGUUGUCUCUGGCAUCGGAGAUUCGGGUCAAAGUGGGUCGCUGUCCGGUCUGUUCGACAUCAAGCGGCAAAUGAUCAAGAAGACCAA